AUGACUAACAAGUAUCAUUACAAUGUCCACUUUUGAAUUGAAUUGAAGAAUUUGAAGGGUGAUUAGGACAUGGUAUGAUAAUUAAAAUUGAAAUUACCUUUCAAGCCAUGAUGACCUGCAAGCAAAUGAGGGCCUUUGGAAUUGGAAACGAACCAAAAAGGUAAAACACUACCUCAAGACUUGAAGAUGUGACGUGUCCAUUUCAAAGUGCUCUCACUGUGGAAAACGCAAUUUAAUACCUAGUGUCCUAAUACCAAAAGUCUCUUGUCAUUUAAUUGUGAAUAUUGGCCCAUAAUCCUCUAUCUUCAUUUUCUUUCUUUUGAAUAUUCAUGACUGAUGUAAGCAUGGCAAUAAUAAGCGGUGGAUUAUUCUAGUAAAUAAAGUACUUGUUUUUUUUAAGUUUUUAAGUUUCGGGUUUAAAUUCUCCCAUAUUACUGUAGUUUAAAUAACUAGUAUAAAUUAUUCCAUCAUUUUUCAAAAAAUAAAAGUGGUGCUAUCCGCACUCUUCUUUCAAGUUUUGAACAUCAUAUCAAAUGAAUUGAAGAUGAUCAGACAGAAAUUAGCAGGAUGUGUGAAAGAUAAAAUAAGGCUCAUGAAUCACCAUUUAAAAAUAAAUGAUAAUGGUCAACAAAACAAAACCAAGUGGCAAGAGGGCAUUUUACUCAUAAAUUGGGUGUUAGGUAAUAAAGCACGGCUAAUUACCACAAUCUCUGUCAUGUUUAUUUAAAUUUGAAUUAAGUGAUGACCCAACUAACUUACAACAUAAAAUUUCCCCCAUUUAUCUGGCGUGAUCCAUUAAACCAUAACCCUUUUUAGUUUCUCAGCGCCAGAACCAUUUCUUUUGUUUCUUCUCUGUUUUUCUUCUUCUCUCCUCGAACUCCGGCGGGCCGAAGAUGGAGGAAGAAGGCAUAAGAGCCUUGGGGUUGAAGGUAAGUAGAGAUGCCAAAACCCUAUGUGCAACAUUGUUUCCUGUGUUGACGUCUCUGCUCAUGGUAGUUCUGUUCCUGUGGACCAUUACGUCGGAAUCUGGGCCUGCAGACAGGCCGGGGAUAAAAAGGGAGGCGAACAACUGGGCAUUCUGCGUCGGACUUCUGACGAUAGUUCUCGGUUUCCUGUUUUUGGUUGCUGGUCUUCCUUUACUGGUAGACUUGGUCAUAAAAUUCUCAGAACAAUUGCAGAGGAAGCAGGAGGAGACCAGGAAACCUCAAAAUCAAGCAGGGAAGCUGAAGACGAUAUGUAUCGUCAGCCGCAUAGUCGUGAGUAUCAUCGCAAUGGUCAUGCUAGCAUGGGCAAUUAACACUGGACUUAGGCUUGCAACUGAACCUAGAAGAGAAGACAAAUAUUUUCCUCUAGCAUCCCCAGUUGGUGUAGUGACUAUUAUGUUUGGCUUCACUUACUCUAUCAUCGGACUCUGCAUAAUUGCAGAGCUAGCGCUCGAGUUGACAAAGCAGUUCCAAACGACAGAGAAAAAUGAAAUUGUUAAUCAUCAAGUAUGCAUAAUAAACGUCACAUGUUUUGUUUGACACUGCUAUAAUACACCAUACAAUGUGUAAAUACUAAAUACAAUGCUCUUUUCGAUUAGAAAGUAGAUUAAGCUCAUUUUGCACUAAUUAUAUUUUCUGAUUUAAGCUGCGAGUAUAGCUCCAGGGCAUCAGCUACAAAGAUGGAAAGGUUUUUGGUAUCAGAUGCUCUAUCAAUCAUGUCCUAUCAUUUAAUUCCCUACCAACUUAUGAACCAUCCGACAAUCUGCAAUUGGUAAUUGGAAAAUCUAAGUUGCCUAUAAGGUUU